AAAAAAGUUUCAGUCUUUGGUAUGAUUUCUUAGAUAACCUGAUCACGAUUACGCACCGCGCGAUGAUUUCUUAUGUAUCAAAUGUUUUAUUUCCGAUUCCGACACACUGAGAUUUGAUUGAUGGGCAAUGUGCACAAUGAGAGAUGAUCGCUCGAUGUGAGGCCGUCAUGUAGAAAAUGAUGAGAAAGAGCACGCUGUUGUAAGCAAUUUUCACUCUCAACAGAGUCCCUCUUUCUAUCUGAAACACAAUGGCAAUCAUUGCAAUCGUAAUGCCAAUUAUCCUCAUGUGUUCUCAGACGAGCAUCCGAUAGGCUUCUAGAACGGGGCACAGUGCGUAUCGGGUCGUGAAGAUCCUUGGCUAACAUCAACUAGGAAGGUGUUAUUACGUUGAAGUUUAUUAUAGUAAGUUCGAGCAUCAGAUCUUCCAGCGGACGGCAACUACGAGAGAAACUACCAUCUAGCGCGAAGUAACAUCUUAUCAACCUCCAGAAUCUUUGGACGAUCGUUCUUUGCCAUGUCGAACUUUACAUUCCCUCCCAAUAUCUUGUUCGCGUCGUUGGAUUAACUAAGUAAGUAAGUCUCUUAUUUUGCCAGCACCGACUGUAUCAAAUGUUUGUUGCUUUGAUGUUUUAGAAGCUCCUUUAGAAGCUCCUAUCAUCUCUAAGUCCGACUUUUCGUUUUCGAGGGGAUAGAAGGAGCACAAAAAAUGGGCGAUGAUACUGCACCCUCAGGUGGAGGGUCCAAGUCUUCUGGUGCUGGUGGGCCACCUGUUACUAGAACAGCGACUUCUGCGACAGGAGGAACUGCAGCAAAAAAUCCAGGAAGUUCAACCCCACCAGCCGCAGUAGAGGGAAGCUUGACACCUUUUUAUUGCGUAGUGCUUUGCGGUGCUGCACUAGUCACGCAAUGGACUAUGGCGCAGGUGGAUAGUAUGCGACAAGCGGAGGUGAACUGGGAUCCAUCACCGAAAAAUAUGGUGGAUAAUCAGGUACAACUGAUGUAAAAAUUGCCUAUUAAAAAUUCUUUUUCUUUUUCCUCUCCCUCUCGCAUUGGUGAUUGAUUUGACUCCUUGGACUCCUUGUCGUUGUUUUUUUUUCAGUGGCAUUCUUUCAAUUUCAAACCAUAUGCAGACCUUAACCCAUUUUUCCACCAGGUCCUCAUCAUGUAUUGUAACGGCUGA